AUGGGCGUCCCGCAGGGCCGACAGGGACUCACCGCGCUGCUGGUGACCCUCCACCUGUUUCACCACCUCCCGGUCUGCGCCGUGGCCCAGGAGAGCCCCAACGGGGCCCAGCCCGAGGAUGGCCCGGCGUGCACUCCGGGCUCCCCCUGGGCCACGCUGCUCGCUGCUGCGGAGGUUCACAACAUCACGGUGUGGAGAAUGGCGCUGCAGGGCGUGGGCCUGAACACGCUGCUGGAGCGCGAGGAUCUGGCGGUCACCCUCUACGUCCCCCUGGACGAGUCGCUCCUCAGCUGCAGCAAUGCGAUCGAGUGUGGGCAGGAGGACACAUACUGGCGCGGCAGCCUGACCUCCCCCGAGUACGUCGGCCUGCUGCUGCUGCACUGGACGCUGCGGGCGCAGCCCAACGCGACGGAGGACGGGCGGGAGGUGUGGGACACGGCCCUCGGCCUCGCCCAGGCCGAGCGCGGGGAGUGGGUGCUGGAGACCGCGCUGAACGGCAGCGAGCCCACCGUCACGCUCCCGGCCUCGGUGGACGUGGGCGGGGAGCAGGCGAUGCCGGUGCUGGAAACCUUUGAGAGCUGCUCCGGCGCGCGCAUCCGCAUUAUCCCGGGCCCCAUGGUGCCGGACAAGACCCCCAUCACCAACCUGAACGACCUGCUGCCCCUCAAGAACCUGUGCUGGUCCAACAUCUGGUCGGCGAUGUACCACACCCCGGGGGAGCUGUCGCUGACCGAUCCGGGGGGCGCCUACCUGCUAUACUUCCUCUUCCAGGCCUUCUACUCCGGCACCUGGCCCAGCCUGCCCAGCAAGUUCUUCUACUCCAGUGCCAUGUCCAACAUCACCUUCCUCAUCCCGGGGCCGGACGGCAUGGGCAAGCUGACCUCCCAGUUCGGGGAGAUUGCGGCAGACGAGCCCCGCAAGGUGUACACCCUUGCCGGCUCCUACACGCUGCCAGGCGGUUACUGCCCGGAGGGUUUGGUGGAGGCCGGCCGUGUGAACACCCAGGCGGGCAUGCUGCUGGGCGAGGACCUCUCCCUAGACUUUGAGCCGGGCCCCGGCGGCGACCAGGUGCUGAUCAGCAUCCCGGCCAGGCCAGACCUGCCCCCCGUCGCCGGCACCUUCCUCACCACCGCCUGCUUCAGCACCGUCAUCCUGCUGAACGACACGCUGCGCAUGUGGGAAAGCGCGGCAGACAUCCCCCCCAGCCCCACCCUGGACCCUGUGCCGGCGGUGGACCAGGCCGCCCUGUUCAACGUCGGGCCCGGCUGCGGCGGCGGGGCCCCCACGGUCGCCGUCCUGAGCUCCCACCGAGGCGAGCCGGAGGGGACGCUGGUGGAGCAGAGCGUGCAAAUGCCGGCGGACGACUCUUCCUCCGGCGGCUCCUCGCUCAGCGCGGGCGCCAUCGCCGGCAUCGUGAUCGGCAGCGUGGCGGGCGCGGCCGCCCUCGCGCUCCUUGCUGUCUUCCUGAUCCGACGCCGCGGACGGGGGAGGGCGCCCGCCGCGCGUGAUGAGGCAUGGGGCGAUGCCGCUUCUGCAAAGGGCGGCCUGACCGACCACAGCGAUGCCUUGACCUCCUGCGACAAGCAGUCGCUGUCCAGCUCGGGGACGCUGCUGAGCACCCCCUCUGGGGCCUCCGCCUUCAGCCUGGGUUUGCUGCCGGCGUCCAGCCUAACGUUCGACCGCGCCUCCGGGGAGCUGGUGACCCUGGGGGAGGGACGAUUUGGCAAGGUGUAUGCUGGGCGGACCGCGCAACACGAGCAGGUGGCCAUCAAGUGCGUUGAGGCUCUGAAGGGCGGCUCAGACCUCCAGAUGAGCCUGGUAGGUUUUACCCGGCUGGAGGAGGAGGUGGCGGUGCUGCGGCGCUGCCGCUCGCGCUUCAUCGUCAACUUCAUCGGCGUGGUCAGCGACCCACCCCGGGGUCAGAUCAUGGUCGUCACUGAGCGCAUGAUGGGUGGGGACCUCUGGCACGCUCUGCGUCGCGGCGAGGUGGCCUGGGCGGAGCGCGGCUGGCGCCUGGCCAUGGACAUCGCCUCGGGCCUGGCAUACCUCUCCACCCGCCGCAUCGUGCACAACGACCUGAAGAGCUCCAACAUCCUGCUGGACUGGGAGGGGCGGGCCAAGAUCAGCGAUGUCGGCCUGGCCCGCAUCAUCCCCGACUCCCGGUCCUACCUGCCCUCUAGAUCUGCGGAGGGAGGCUCCUUCCAGUGGUGUGCGCCGGAGGCCAUCCUGGGCGAGCCCAGCACGGUCCAGUCAGACAUGUACAGCUACGGCGUCGUGCUGUGGGAGCUGAUCACGGGGGAGGUGCCUGUCAGGGGACACACCCGCGAAGUCAGGACCCCAGAGGAGUGCCCUGCUGAGGUUGCAGCAUUCAUGGAGCAGUGCCGGGAGAGGAAGCCAUCGGAUCGGCCUCUCGCCCAGGAAGCAGUGGCCCUCCUCCGCCGCCUCUACUGCCCGGAUCAGGAGUGA